GUGCGCAAAGUUGAUCCAGACACGAUGGUCAAAGUGCACUUGUAUGCUCAUGAAGUGAUCGUGGAGGCGCUCAACUUGAGCAUGCUUCGGACUGUGACAAACAUCCCUGUUCCUGAGGUGCGACAAGUCGUCGUGAACUCCUCCAACACAUACUUAGUCAUGGAAUACAUUGACAGUGAGACACUGGCCAGCUGCUGGGGUUGUCUUGCCCUUAUCGCGAAGCUUCGCACUGCUUGGACCCUCGGCGGUUAUAUCGGCCAGGUU